AUGGUUCGACAUGCACAGCGUCGUUUCAAAACCGUCAGAAUUAUCUUCAGUGCACUUACGGGACUGAACUCGGUAUCUUACGGCUACAAUGCCAUUAUUCUCUCUACCACACUCACAGAGCCAUCAUUCAUUCACUACACGGGCCUUGACCGCCAUAAUGAUACAAACGACUUGAUUGGCUUGACUGGAUCUCUCGAUGCAUAG